CCUCUGAAGCUUUCUGACUGCGUAAGGAUAAGAACUGCUGCUGCAAGCUGUACGGGCUUUUGAAAUUCUCCUGGUAUCCACAGAUAUUUUCAGAAUAGUUACUGUACAGUAAGAAUUAAGAUCGGAACUGCUUUGGGCAAAGUUCAGCUACUCCUUCUGGAUCUUUUUGUCAUUAAGACGUGGUCUGAAGUCUUUCAGAAAUUCAGAAGCUGAAGCUUUCAUAGCCGCACAUUGUUUCAGCUGACUUUUUGGAAUAUCUUACUUUUUGCCCCUGCAUUUCCAUUUUAACUGACUUAUUUUCCUGCCCCCCUCCACCUUUUGAUCAGAUCUGCUCUUUCUUCUUCUCCGAUACCUGGUAUGAUUGACGGCUGCUAUUGCUUUGGUGCCUGCUGCAGCUCAUGAAGCGUUUUGGCAGUCUUAGAGGAAGCAAGAAACAAAAGGACCAGGGCAGAAGCUCUGAGAGGCGCAAAUCUGAACCUCAUGGCCUUUUAGCCUCCGGCCUCUCCUCUUCUCCAUCUACCCCAACACAAGUGACCAAGCAGCCUCCAUUUCCUCUUGAAUCCUAUAAACAUGAACCUGAGAGACUAGAAACCCGGAUUCACUCUUCUCCUCCGGACACAGGGCAGAGGAUUACUCUGCCUCCGCCCCAAAAUGCAGCCAAGCCUCCCACAGUGAUGCCAACUCCCUGUGCUACCUCAAAAACAGUAAGUGGAGCGGCGGCAGCAGCUGCGGCGGCUCCGGCUUCUCCUCAGCCCCCGGCCGCCUCCGAAGGGAUGCUGGAGAAACUAGAGCUCGACGAUGAAGCAUCUGAAGAAUCAGAAAGUGACAUCUACAUGCGAUUCAUGAAGUCUAACAAGUGUUAUGACAUAGUUCCAACAAGUUCUAAGCUUGUUGUUUUUGACACUACGUUACAAGUAAAGAAGGCUUUCUUUGCCUUGGUGGCAAAUGGUGUUCGAGCAGCUCCGCUGUGGGAGAGUAAAAAACAGAGUUUUGUAGGAAUGUUAACAAUUACAGAUUUCAUUAAUAUACUGCAUAGAUACUAUAAGUCUCCAAUGGUUCAGAUCUAUGAAUUGGAGGAGCACAAGAUUGAAACGUGGAGGGAGCUUUAUUUACAAGAAACUUUUAAGCCUUUAGUGAACAUCUCCCCGGAUGCAAGCCUUUUUGAUGCUGUAUAUUCAUUGAUCAAAAACAAAAUCCACAGAUUGCCAGUUAUUGAUCCUGUCAGUGGGAAUGCACUUUAUAUACUUACCCAUAAAAGAAUCCUCAAGUUCCUCCAGCUUUUUGUGUCAGAAAUGCCAAAGCCUGCCUUUAUGAAGAAGAACUUGGAUGAACUUGGGAUAGGAACUUAUCACAACAUUGCCUUCAUACAUCCAGACACUCCUAUUAUUAAAGCCUUGAACAUAUUUGUAGACAGAAGGAUAUCUGCAUUACCAGUUGUGGAUGAGUCAGGAAAAGUUGUAGAUAUUUAUUCCAAAUUUGAUGUAAUAAACCUGGCUGCUGAAAAAACCUAUAAUAAUCUAGAUAUCACAGUAACGCAAGCCCUCCAGCACCGUUCUCAGUAUUUUGAAGGUGUUGUGAAGUGCAGUAAGCUGGAAACACUGGAGACCAUUGUUGAUAGAAUAGUGAAGGCUGAGGUUCAUCGUCUGGUAGUAGUGAAUGAAGCAGAUAGCAUUGUGGGUAUCAUCUCCCUCUCUGACAUUCUACAAGCAUUGGUGCUCACGCCGGCAGGUAUAGAUGCUGCCUUCUGACCUCUUUUCAUAAACCUUCAGGUGCCAAACAAAAGGAGAGUGAAACUGAGUGACUGCUGUGAAUGUAUAAAGCUUUCUAGGAGAACUUGAACGAAGUUUCUGAGUCAAGUUUGCCUCAAGAACACUGACUGCAAUAGAAACGAGAAGAACGGUUAUGAGAAUGUGUAUUGAAACUCAGUGAUGGGUAAUGUCUGUAUUUUCCCCUAGUGGUGUCGCAAAAAAAGCAGCAUGACAAAAAACCUUAUAUGUUAAAAAACGUAGGCUUGCAUUUCAAAAUGUCUUCAAAACAUUUGCUGAAAUACUAUGUCCUUUGUUAAAAUGCACUGUAUUCUGAAACUGUUUCAUUCGUAUUUGACAGAAGUCACUGGUCAGCAACAGACAUCUGACAUAAGGCAAGUGUAUGGCAUAUUCAUAUCAUAGUGCCUUAUGUCAAAUACAGCAAUAUGUCAUCAGUUGCCCAUCACUGUCAGAGGAAGUAUUGUGCUAAACAAGACACUGUAUUUGAAUGUGAAAGUCUUUAAACCUAAAACCAAAUCAGUUUCAGUUCUCAUUAGAUUUGUCAUAAAGGUUGUAAUUUGAAUAUCAGUAGAUUACUUUAAAACUUUAAUGACGGUUUCGUGUUUUUAAUGUUGCAUUCUGAACUGAUAUGUAAAACAAGACUGAUUUUAAAAACAGCUUUAUUUAUUUUUACUUUCAUGGCAAUUUUUUACACAUUUUUGGUGGAUAGCUAAAAUUUCACCAUGUCCAUUAAUAAACUGUUGAUUGUUAUACAAAAAAGUGGCAGAUUUUUCUCUUUUUUUUUUUUUAACACUUGGGAGCUGCAGAAGCUGUAGCUUCUAGAUCAGCCCACAUUACUUCAGUCUAAGGUUUUCGAAAGCACAUGUUGAAAAGCGUUAUUCUGUACUGUAAUAGACAGGUACCGUGGAGGAGACUAAGUGCCAGAGAGCUAUAUAUUUUCCUGUGUACUAAAAUGUUAAAUCAUGUUUGUAAGAUUGCAGAUACAAUUUUUUGUAAAUUAUAAUGGAUAUACAGUUUUUGUACAGAUGCAAAGAGCGAGGAAAGGUUUUUGCUAAUGUAAAUGCACCGUAAAGCUUAGAGAUCACACUAUAUAAUUGUAGACUUUCUUCUUCAGAUGGAAGAAAUUAAACAAACCUUACUAUAUCAGUUUGUUCAUAGCAGUUUUUGAAAAUGCCAGGUAUCUUUGCAUGUACAGAUUUUACAUGCUGCUUACAUCCUUUUUUUCCCACCUGGAUAUUUGUUAGAGUGAUUCAAUGUCUUACAGUGUAUCUCCCUUCCCUCUUUACAGGCUAAUUAUACAUUAAAUGGACACUGUUACUUUUUAAAAGCAACUGUCUUUACCUGGGUUAUUGUGCAACACCUUACACUAUUGGGACUGAAUGAAAUGUUCAGUCUCGCUUUGAUGAGGUGUUUCUCCAUUUCUCCCAGAUAGGACAAUGAAAAUGGAUUGAUUUGUCACUCUCUAAUUUCAGGCACAGGAUGGGAAAUGUUUAAAUUAAACUGAAAACUACAUUAAUGACAGGUUUUUAUAUAUUUUUUUAAACAAGUCUUGUCAAAACUUGCUUUCCAUAAGCCUGAAGUUUGAGUCUACUGUUGACAACUUUUUUAAUAGAACCUCAAACUUUUUUCAAUAUAAAAUCUGAACACAUUCACAUAGUACACGGUCAAAAAAAUUCUUCACUAAUUUUUUCUCUCCCUUGCUUAUUCCCUCUGAAAAGUUAAAGGGUCUUUCUAUAAAAACUUUUCCUUUCUGACUAGAUAAAAAUUGACUCCCAUAUAGUUUGAAUGGUGCUGAAAUUUAAAUGGCUGCUUUGGUUUAACAAUAACCUCAGCAUAUAGAGUUAAUCGUCUCCAUCAUAAAUACCAUUGUCCAAGCUCUGGGAAUAAUGGUGGUGGAGAGAGAGAAAUAAAACUGAAUAGAGUGGCUCUUGUGUUUUUGUUUUGUUUUGUUUUUUCUCCUGUGGCAGUGUGGUAGAAUUUAUUUUUCUUUGCACCUUCUUCAAAGUUAAGGCCUCAACACUGUCCCUUUUUUAGAGAGCACUUGCAUAAUGUAUGUGUUCAACACAGUCUGUUUUAUUGGUGGUGUGUAUUUGUAAGCCCACCGUUCUGCCGAAGAAGGGAUGAAAAUUUUAUUCAAUUGAUGUGGUAAAAGACUGAUCAAAGUAGAAGUUUAGUCACUUGAGAAUUAAUUAUAUUGGCUGAACUCCCUCCUGUCAUAGGGAGAAUCACAAUCCAGUCUGUCUUUAAGAAAAAGGAAUUAUCUGAAUUAUUGCAUAAUAGUUAAAACCAAAAUGCUCUAAAUUCAUAAAGGAGUGAGAGACUCACAAAAAGAGGCUGAGGUUUUUGCUUUUGAUUCAGCAAAGCACCGAAGUGUGUGCUUAAUGUUAGUGUUUGCUGAAUUGUGUCCUAAGUCCAGAACAGUACCCUUUUCUCCCACUUUUUAUUUGGGCAUUGCUGAGCACACAAACACAUUGUAAGACCCUCUGAUAAAAGGACUACAACCCUGUUACCUACCACUGGGGAAAUAUUUAUCACAAAUACAGGUGGUGUACAGACUGCUGUACUGUUCCCAAUAUGUACUGUUCUCAAUACAGCAUUAUCUGUUUUAAAACACACGAGUUCUUACCUUCGUAUGCUGUAAAUAAUAUGUAUGGCCUAUGUACUGCAUUUGGUAAAGUGUUGAAUUUGAGUCCUCUACAUCAAAAUAAUUGAACAGCUGUAAAAUAAACAUAUAAAGCAUUGCUCUUAUACCACAAAAUGAAAUGCAUUCAAAUUUGUUUUUGUGUGUUUAAAAAACUAUGAAUGUAAGGAGCUUUUUAAAUACAAUCAAGUGAAAUGAAAUAUGUUACAAAACUUGAAAUAGCUAAUUUUGUGAAAUAAAAUGCCAGUUAGACAUGCA